CGGGAGAGGACGGCAGGGGCGGGGCGGGGCAGGGCGUUGCACUAAUUCGAGGUGCAAUCUCCAUCCAAAUAAUACAUUAGUAUUAACAAUGAUCCUCUCCACGAAACCCUUAAAAUUGGCCCUUGACUCCCGUCGCAGCAAAAGGCGAGCCCUUAUUCGCUGAGCUGACGCCUCCUCGGCUCCCCCCGCCCCCCACUACUCGCUGCUCUGGAAAUUACAACUCCUCAGCACGCCGCGCAGGGAGGCGGCGGCGGCGGCGGGAGGGAGGCGGGGAGGGGAUUCCCGAGCCAGCCGGGCACUCGUCCUCCGCCCGCCGGCUGCAGCGUCGCGCGGCCAAGGUCAGAGGCGCCGCAGGAGCGGCAGCAGCGAACCCAGGAAGCGGGUCAAUCCUUGCGGAGGGGAAAAAGCCCCAGGGCGCAUUUGCCCCGCACCAGCAGCCGCCGGAGAGGGCGGCGAGCGAAGGUCCCCGAGCCGGCCGGGCUCCGCCGAGACAGUCGCUGGAGCGGCGACCCUGCACGCCAGGUGGCGGCCCCUCGGUCCGCGCGCGGGGAACCGGGGCUCCACCGCCCGCUCUGGGCGCUGUCCGUCGCCUCGUGGUGCUGAACCCAGCCCCACGGCCGAGCGGCCUGCUCACCCGCCUUCUCGCCUACGGAUCGCUCUGAUUGGGGCGGGGCAGGGGCAAAAGGGAGCCCUUGAGCAGCUGCCCACUGGAGACGAGGGGCUGAAACAGAACAGCUAGAAACGGCAGCCCGGCCGCUGGUCCUGAUGUGCAGAGGAGACGCGCGCUGCAGCCGGCGGCGGCGCUAGUGCUGAUUCAUCACCUCGAGCGCCUCUCAGGCCAUCGCGAGGGCAGCCGACUGGCUCUGGACUCUGCCCGCAGGUUGAAGCCGCUGGCGCAGGAGCCUCGCAGGCAGGAGGUGAGGACCCCCUCCCGUCUCUUGCCCCUAGUGGUCCUUAGGCGGUGGCCCCAGGACAGAGAGAGGGGCGUGCCCCCGGGCUGUGAAGUGGUCAUGUCUGUGUAAUGCCCUCGCUUGCAGUCUCUCCGGUGCUAACCACGCUUGGUCCCCUCCGCCUGUCUCUGGAGCUCGGGUCGUUCCACAUCCCACCCUGAGCAGCUCGGUCUGCCCGCGCCGCGAUGGAGGAGGAGCUGAAGUGCCCCGUGUGCGGCUCCCUGUUUCGGGAGCCCAUCAUCUUGCCCUGUUCCCACAACGUCUGCCUUCCUUGCGCUCGUACCAUCGCUGUGCAGACACCGGACGGUGAGCAGCACCUGCCCCAGCCACUCCUGCACUCCCGGGGCUCCGGGCUACCGGCCGGCGCCGCUGCGGCGCCCCCUCUGGACCACGACGCUGCGGCUGGCCCAGCCUGCGGCGGCGCGAGCGGGAGCGCAGCUGGCGGCCUGGGCGGCGGUGCGGGAGGUGGUGGGGACCACGCGGACAAGCUGAGCUUGUACAGUGAGACAGACAGUGGUUAUGGUUCCUACACCCCGAGCCUCAAGUCCCCCAACGGGGUUCGCGUGCUGCCCAUGGUGCCUGCACCGCCUGGCUCCUCGGCCGCCGCGGCCCGGGGUGCCGCCUGCUCCUCGCUGUCUUCCUCCUCCUCAAGCUCCAUCACGUGUCCGCAGUGCCACCGCAGCGCGUCCCUGGACCACCGAGGCCUGCGCGGCUUCCAGCGAAAUCGGCUGCUCGAGGCCAUCGUGCAACGGUACCAGCAGGGCCGCGGGGCAGUGCACGGGGCGUCCGCAGCCGCUGCAGUGGCCAUCUGCCAGUUGUGCGACCGCACCCCGCCUGAACCGGCCGCCACGCUAUGCGAGCAGUGCGACGUGCUCUACUGCGCUGCCUGCCAGCUCAAAUGCCAUCCAUCCCGCGGACCCUUCGCUAAGCAUCGCCUGGUGCAGCCGCCGCCGCCGCCCGCGCCUGCUGAGGCCGCCUCAGCAUCCCCAGGCGCGGCCCAGGGCGCCCCCAGCGGAGGCGGCGGCUGCAAGAGCCCGGGGGGCGCCGGCGCGGCUGGGGGCAGCGCGGCCCGCAAGUUCCCUACGUGCCCCGAACACGAAAUGGAGAACUACAGCAUGUACUGCCUGAGCUGCCGAACCCCGGUGUGCUAUCUGUGCCUGGAGGAGGGCCGUCACGGCAAGCACGAGGUGAAGCCGCUGGGAGCCAUGUGGAAACAGCACAAGGCCCAACUGUCCCAGGCCUUAAACGGGGUUUCGGAUAAGGCGAAGGAAGCAAAAGAGUUUCUGGUCCAGCUGAAGAACAUCCUGCAGCAGAUCCAGGAGAAUGGACUGGACUAUGAAGCCUGCCUGGUUGCUCAAUGUGACGCUCUGGUCGACGCUUUAACUCGGCAGAAAGCCAAGCUGCUCACCAAGGUCACCAAAGAGAGGGAGCACAAGCUGAAGAUGGUCUGGGACCAGAUCAACCACUGCACUUUGAAGCUGCGCCAGUCGACGGGGCUGAUGGAGUACUGCCUGGAGGUGAUCAAGGAGAACGACCCCUCCGGCUUCCUGCAGAUCUCAGAUGCUCUGAUCAAGCGUGUCCAGGUGUCUCAGGAGCAGUGGGUCAAAGGUGCCCUCGAGCCAAAAGUGUCUGCGGAGUUCGACUUGACCUUGGACAGCGAGCCGCUGCUGCAGGCCAUCCACCAGCUGGACUUCAUCCAGAUGAAAUUGCCGCCCAGCCCCCUGCUACAGCUAGAGAAGUGCUGUACCCACAACAACAGCGUCACGCUGGCCUGGAGGAUGCCACCCUUCACCCACAGCCCUGUGGACGGCUACAUCCUGGAGCUGGACGACGGCGACGGGGGCCAGUUCCGGGAAGUGUAUGUUGGCAAAGAGACCCUGUGCACCAUCGACGGUCUGCAUUUCAACAGCACCUACAACGCCAGGGUCAAGGCGUUCAACUCCUCUGGCGUCGGGCCUUACAGUAAAACUGUCGUCCUGCAGACGUCUGAUGUGGCCUGGUUCACCUUUGACCCCAACUCUGGGCACCGGGACAUCAUUUUAUCCAAUGACAACCAGACGGCCACGUGUAGCAGCUACGACGACCGGGUGGUGCUGGGUACGGCAGCUUUCUCCAAGGGCGUGCACUACUGGGAGCUGCACGUGGACCGGUACGACAACCACCCGGACCCCGCAUUCGGGGUGGCCCGGGCCAGCGUGGUCAAGGACAUGAUGCUGGGCAAGGACGACAAGGCCUGGGCUAUGUACGUGGACAACAACCGCAGCUGGUUCAUGCACUGCAACUCCCACACCAACAGGACGGAAGGUGGCGUGUGCAAGGGGGCCACUGUUGGCGUGCUCCUGGACCUGAAUAAGCACACUCUGACCUUCUUCAUCAACGGGCAGCAGCAAGGCCCCACCGCCUUCAGCCACGUGGAGGGGGUCUUCAUGCCGGCCCUCAGCCUCAACCGUAACGUGCAGGUCACUCUGCACACGGGACUGGAAGUGCCGACAAACCUGGGGCGGCCCAAGCUGUCCGGCAACUAGCCUCCCAGCUCCAACUGCUCACCGGCAUCUGGGAAGAGCCCCCCCACCCCUCACUACGUUCAAAGAACCCACAAGGGUAGGACGAUCAUGUCACAGGUGCAGCCCCAGCAGCCACUGAGUAACUUAGAGAAAAGUUUUCUUUGGGAGAUGCAGAAGAGGUCUGCAAGCCAUGCUUGUUGGGGCGACUGGUUAAACUGGCCACUUGCGAAAGUAACCACUGGUUGAUGGUGAACGUGGGUAUGUGUCCCUAUCAUAUCUCCUGGACGUUGCAAAUACUCCCAAAGAAGGACCUUUCUCAUGUUUCCUGCCAUCUGUUUUCAAAGCUUGUCUUUUGGGGGAAGGAGGCACCAGGAGGGCAGACCGGCACCCCGAGAGCAGGAGGCAGGAAGACAGUUUGGAUUCCUAUGCUCCAAGCGUUGAACCUUCACCGGGACACCACUCAGUCCCGAGGCUACAGGUUCUCACCUUCGCCAGGAAAUGUGAUCCUUUUGCUUGUAGGUCCUGGAGGUUCCACUUGGUUAUGCCCUUGCAAACCUCAUCCAAGGUCAAUAGAAAGGGGCACUGAUUUGGACCUUCACCACUCCCACUGAACUGCUGAGAACCUUUUAAAAUGGUUUUCUUUGGUCCUUCAUUAAUCAACCAGUCUCUCUCUCUCUCUCUCUCUCUCUCUCUCUCUCUCUCGCACGCAUGCGCACACACACACCACGCACGUAGUUUGCUAAGAUUCAUUCACUCGGUUGUUCGUUCUUAAACACAAAGGAAAACACGGACAUCGGAAUGAUAAUGUGAGGAGUCGUCACCUGGUGGCUCUUUCUGGAACUGCAAGCCUGUCUGAGUUGCUCUCUUCCAGACAGGGGGUCCCCCCUCCCCCCUCCCGGACUCAGAGCAGGAAAGGUGGGAGGCCCUGGGGAAGCCGCUUAGAGCCGCCGCCCCUUGCUUGGAGACCCGCCCUACUGUUAUCCUGGAAGCAGGAGGUGGCCCCAGGGGCAGGCGUGGUUCUGCUCUGGCGGGGGAGGGGGGCAGUUCCUCGAAGAAUAUCAGCAGAGUUCCUCGCCCCUCAGUCUCCCGGGAGGAGCUUGGGUGUCCAGAUCUCUAGAGGCCGAGGUGGGGCCUCCUUGCUGGGAACACAGACCUUGUCCCAGGAGACGCGCAGGAGUGAUUUGUGUUUCUGGGAAAGAGAGCUCGCUUUUGGGGCUCUGGAGCCUGCCUUGCUCCUGUCCCUAGAGCACCUUCCUGUCCUCUUCUUUUCCUCCUUGUCUCCUGCCACUCCACUUUCCAUCUGGUAGUGAAACGUUCUGUCUCCUUUUUAAAAGAAUCUAUUUUAUCAAGCAUUUUAUUUUGUCCACUUGUUCGGAUUUUUAUAAAACUCAGCCCGUAAACCGGCAGCAACUGUGUUGACUCGGUUCUACCUGCUUGUUGAGACGCUGCCCUUGCUUUCUGAGUCUCCCCGGCCGAUGCUGUGUAGACCCUGCCCCUAGCAGCAGAUCCGACAAUCCUACCUCAGAGCCCACGCCCUUGGACUGCAAGCCUGCCUUGUCUCCGCCUUGCGGGCAGGUGUGGCUGGCUAGGCCAGCCACCGGCGUCUUCAGGAGCUGCCUGGUGCUGUCUCAGCCUCCGUGUCCGGUCCUGGUAGCCACCUGCCAGGGAUGCUGAGGUCCUGCCUCUUCAUUCUCUGCCUGCUACGUGGUUCCUUGGGUGCACGGAGGCACUCCUUGUCCUGUCCCGGAGCUCUGCCAGAUCCCCCCGCUGGGGAUGUCCCUCCAGGACCCCAGGCUACCGCCUGUCCUCCCGGCAACUGCCUCUCUCCUCUUUGCUUCCACUUGCCUUUGGUUCGCUCCUUAGCCAUAGCUCCGGGUGGACUCAGCUUGGAAGACGGAGAGGAUUGGAGGACACAGAGGAGCCAUGGCCUUCCUGGGGCUGAUGAAGCUUGGCUGAUGGGCCCAGACAUAUCGGCUGUGGGAGAAGAACCACCAGUGCCCUGGGAGUGACAUCAGGAGUGAGUGUGGCUGGGAAGACGGUGGUGGCUCUCCGUAGCAGGGUCCCAGUGUGAGGCUGGGGAGCAUCCAGAGUGCCCGAAGCUGGCCCCGGCUCUGCCUCAUUGGAGAGGAGCUGCUCCAGGUCAGUCAGCUGGACUUGGUACCACGCUCAGGACAGCCAGCGCCUCGGUCAGAGGGAGAUAGGAACAAGGAGAAGGGAAAGUCCCACAAUGGCAGGGGGUCUCUUUGGGAUAUAAAAGGUGGUUUUCCAGAGGGAAGCUUCCAGAAUCCCUCACUCCUGUGAGGGCCCAGAGCAGGCACCUUGCUACCUUUGCCAACUCCUCCAGGAGCGCAGCAGCAAUACGGCCGAUGCCAGGCCCCCUGUCAGGCUGUCCUACAGCCACCUCUCCUGUCCUCAGCACAAUACACCUUUCAGGGACAAGAACGGACCGAAGAGAGAAGGCAGGUCCAUGCCACACACCUGUGUAUUUGAGCGGCCAGCAAAACGAAGAAUGAAUCAUCAACAGCUCGGGGCUUUAUGUCACCCUCCCAGGAGGCCCCUGGUAUGUGGAGUCGAGAUGACCAGUCAUGGGUUUCUUAUCUGCCAUCGAAUUCCCUGUCCCUUUACAAUGAACGUGGUGGCAUUUUUGUACAUGAAAUUAUAUCAGGACGAUGCUUGUUUGUUGGCUGGCCAAGGGAUAACUUGGUGUUUGUCGUUGAGCAGUUUCGGUGAGAAAGGAGUUCAGAGUAACUUAGAUGGUCAAGUUCCGCUGCAUUGUAAAUAAUGGCGAACAUAGUUCUGCGGUUUGUUCUUUGCUGGUGAGCAAGUUUGGUCGAAGUGUAUGCCUUCCCUUCUAGAACUAAUCCUUUUUAAAAAGUGUCCCCAUAGCUAGUCACUGCAUAGCAUCCUAGCUCCCAAUUCAAAGCAAUGUAAGCAAUGUAAGACAGCACAUACAACCCUGCCUCCCCCUCUCUGUCCUGUUUAGGAAAAUAAUGAUUCUAAUUAAAGUGGACAUCAGUAAUCCUGACCCACAAAGCAAAUGACCUAAAAGCUCUAAAACUGUAUAUAGUUCUAGGCUGAAUCCUCAGCCAUAUAUGAACUCCAUGGUUGUGACAGCACUGUCAAGUGCCCCGUAGCCCGCUGACGGGAGGAGGCUGGGGAGUGAGCCUGGGGAUGGGAACAGGCCCGUCCUCUUUGGUCUGGGCACCCAGGAACGCCCCACCUUUCUCUGCCCACCAGAGCGCUCCCCGGAAAGGACGAGGGCGACGCAGGUCCUGUGUGUCAUCCUCCGGGGAUAUUUGCAUUUUAGCCUUAAUUCUGACUGCAAGUGAAAGGCUCGCCCCACACCCCUUGAAGGUGUGUUUCAGCAGAGGGGUGGGCAGCUCUUACACAAAGCUGUUGCAGGUUCGACCCCGUGGCCUCCUGCUCAUGGUGAGGCAGUGAGGGUAGGGAAGAGCCCUGGGCAAGGCGGGAUUCAGCAUGGUAAUGCUGGGAAACGCUGUCACAAGGCCCGUCGAUGAUGCCGGGUUCCUCGAUGUCAGUGACAUUUUGGGGUGGGUAACUCUCUUACUGUGGGCGGUCCUGUGUGCUGUAGGAUGGUUAACUGCAUCCUUGGCCUCCACCCACAAGAGUCCAGUAGCGCCCCCCUCCCAAGUUUGCUGCGAUGACUACGCGUCUACAGACAUUGCCAGCCGUCCCCUGUGGGACAUCCUGGGCUGAGAGCCACUGGUUUGUCCUGUGUCCACAUGUAGAGUGAUGGGUGAGGCUUCACGCCAGUGUUAGACAGAAAGCCUGUAUCACCGGGCUGUGGGCCUUCCUCCUAACCCCCAAGCCCAGGAUGCGCCAGAGGGCUGCAGCAUUCUGCCGGCAGGGGAAGGUGGGGAAGAUGGCGUGAGCCGCAAAAAGAAGCCGAGGGGUCAGGUCUCACUCCGUACUCCCUGCGGAUGCCCCCCCGCUCCGCAGCCCCACUCCUAGAAGGCAAACACUUGUUACCUUCUUUUUCCUUGGCCACGUUUGACCAGAAGCAACAGGAAAUUCUUAAUGGAUUUGUGGCCUUUCUCUGGUUUUAAAAAUCAAAUCCAAUCUCCUUAAAAGGUAUUUAAGGUCUGCGCUGAUUCCAGGACAUCUCCACUUCUGUUUCUCAAGUAAGCCGUGUUCAAGGGAUCGCAUGCCUUGGCAGUCCUCCCUGGAGAGAACAGGAUCCUGGUGGCUUUAACUUUGAAUGGACUGGAAAAUCAUGGCAUGGGUGUGGGCAAAUGUCUUAAAUCUUUCUGUGCCUCUGUAUCCCCACCCGAAAAUGGAACGAGUCAUACUAACCUACCUCCUCUGAUGUAUUGUGAGGAUUAUAGAAUAACACUUUUUAAAGGAAAAAAAAUAAUAGUCUUUCAUCUAUUGAGUCUAGGCUAAUGGUUCCCAUUCAGUGAAUCAAGCCUGUGUGGUGACUUUUCAGAAUGUUCUCUGACCACAGACAGUGUCUUCCAUCCCAGCCUAGUAGGACCAGGAGCAUGUGUUUAUUACACUGUUGCCUGGCCUUGAGGAGGGGAAAUUUCGACAUGUAAAAUAGGCUUCACAUGACCAUACAAAGCAACAAAACACCCCAAAUGUUCCCAUUGCCAGUGAGGCCUGUUUUAAUGGUACUUUUUGUAUAAAGUGCCGUAAACAGGCUGUGUAUCAGCAUCUCAUUGUUCGUCCCAAAGGCAUCUGAGUGCAGAAGCCCACAUAAGACCUGGAAAGAGGUUAACCUGCCUUUCCGGCCACCUCGGUCACCUUAAGUUCUAGUAUCUAAGGUGUCCCCAACCCGUUGUGUAACUCCAUUGUCUCCCAAGAUGUCAGGCAGGGGAGCAGCUCUGAGAACCAAUGUCUAAGAGUAAGGCGGGAGGCCCCUGCUGGGUGGUCAUCCGGCCCUGGGACUCCCCUUGUUCUACCUGCUAAGGGGGUCUGGGCAGGGGGGACUCCAGGCUCUCUCAGUGAACGAGGCUGACUUCAGCCAGGGUUUGGGAGUCGAGACCUUACAGGGGAGUCUCGUCUGGAGGCGUCACUAUUCUCUCAGAGUGCUGCUCCUGGAGGGAACAGGCUGCCCACCCCGGUCCUGGGGAAGACCCGGGCAAGGUGGACACCGCUCAUCAGGCCAGGCCCUCAGGCAGGCAGGCUCCGAGGAGAGCCCAGAAACAGACUUCGGGUUUGAAAAGUGACCGCCGCGGCUGUGGGAGUGGGAACAUGACUGGCGUCUGCUGGGUGAGAGCCCAGCGUGGGGCCAAGCUGGACCUUUCCAGUUCCUCCCAUACCCGGUGACUGGGCGUCCCUCGCUCCCAGCUUCCCCGGCACCUAGAGGACGCACAGAGGGAGCAAGGCAGAAGAUGUUAAAUGCAUGAGGUAGAAUUGCUGCUUUCCCACUAAACUGUGUAUUAAGCAUGAGAGAUUUGUUUAACGUUGGCAAAGGAAUUUUAAAAAGUAACAAACUUUGUGUCCUUGUUUUGACUGCCCAGAGAACAUCCCCGUGCCUGCCUUUCUUUACCUGUUUUCUCCCUGCUCCCCGCCCUCGCAUCCACUUCCCGUGAGAGUUGGUAUCUGGAGGCAGCUCUUGGUCCGGUUCAUGUUCAUGUCCCACUGGAAACACAGGGAGUGGCCGGGGGAGAGAGGGAGGAGGCGGGGGAAGGGGUGGGGAGGAAAGCAACUUUUUUCUAAUUUUUGUAUUGAUACCCACAAGCGUUUGUAUUUUUUGAAUUGCAAACACUGUGUUUUCUGGUCUUUGGGGGUCGGUUGAACUUUGUGUAUUGCCUUUUGGAAAACCUGAGUUUUAUCACAGUCUUACGCAGAUUUGAAAUAAAUUCUUUUGACAC